GGCUGUUGACAGCACGCUCCUCGUCGUCAAAUUCCUCGUUGUCAUAGGGGUACAUCUUGAGGUUGUGGAAAGCAAACUCCUCCUUGAUGCGCUCCUUGAAAGCCAUGCGCUCCUCCAAAGUCAGGGAAUCGGACUUGGCGAUGACGGGAACGACGUUGACAACAUCAGAGAGCUUCUUGAGCACGACAAUAUCGAUGGGCUUAAGGGAGUGACCCGAUGGCUGGAUGAAGAACAAGCAGCAGUGGAUGCGCGUGUCCUGAAUGUAGCGCUCACGCUGGGCAGUGAGUUCCUUGCGGAGGUAGGCCGAGUGCUGGUCCUUGAUGUACUUGACGAUAGGGUCCCAGCACCUGUCGUUGUUGAUGAGGUCGCCAUAACCGGGGGUAUCGACAAUGUUGAGUCUGAGGCGGACGCCGUUCUCCUCGAUGAUGUGCGAAACGGACUGGAUCUCGGUGGUGGAGCGAAUGGUCUCGUCAGGGAGCAACCUGCCCUUGGACUCGAUGAGGUGCGAGGCGAAGAUGGUGUUGAUCAAGGUCGACUUGCCGAGACCCGUCUGGCCUGCAUUGCACGAGACACGUCAAUCCCAGCUCGCGAACGGGAGGAGUGGAGAAUGGAAAGUGUUAGUUGAGAGAAGCAGACUGACCGACGCAGAUGACGUUGAACUGGAAGCCACGCUUGAGCAACUUGCGCUCGAUCUGGGACGUGAUGCUGUCGAAACCAACGUGGCUCUGGGGGUAGAUGGUGGCAGCAGGCAUGGCGGCCAUUGUGGCGGUAGGUUAUAACUGGCUGAAGACGGGAGACGGGAGACACGCUAUGGAGCUAUUCCAAAAAGCAGACAGGGGCAAAGCACCGGGAAAUAGAGGCGCUCACGGGGGAUAUGGAGAGGUGAAGAUGGAGUGUAUCGACGAGAGUUGCUGUCGGGUUGAGGUUUCGAAUGGUUGGGGGAUUUUCGUGGUAGCACCGUGGACCUUUCCUGCCGGCAGCGUGUGCCAAACAAUAAUUUCCGUCCAAGGGGUCGCUCGCCAGCUGGGGAAAGGGGGACGGGUCAUAGCCGGCACCUGAUUGGCCUGGUGGAGCUGCUGCCCCAGGCACAACCUCAAUUGGGUUUAGAGGGUCUUAGCGCAUUCUCCAGCGCUGCAGUGGCAGCUCAGAAGCAGGAGAGGGACCGUGCCAUCCCGGCCCAUUCUUUUUCAAUGUCUCGAGUGGAUUGAAGUGGUGGGACAAUCCAUCGCGAAGAGCACCGGCCGACAAUAUUUUUUGGGUCGACGACCGAGACCGACCCGACAGCGUCAUCCACACCGCCACGGUACAGCCACGAGAGGAGGACAUAUCGGAAUAUUGAGAGGGAAAGGAAGGCAUUGGUCGAUUUCAGACGAGUUACUUUGGCGGUACAAUCGAGUUCGAAAUUCAAGAAUAUCACCAAGCAAAAAUGGCAAUGGCGGCACCAGCGAUGAGGAUGGCUUCCUCGGCCUCUUUCCUCCCCAGACUCCUCCCACCAACAGCCUUCGCGGCAUCAAGGGUCCAGGUUCUUGUACGACAACUCUCGCUCCCCCUGUUUCCCAACCUCAACAUCGCCAUCCCAGUAGGCAUCUCGCUCGGUCUUCCAUCACUACCAGAAGUCUUGGAGGGGAUUUGGGAGGGUAUUCUCAAGGCUGUACCAAAGAAGAAGACAUCGCACAUGAAGAAGAGACACAGACAAAUGGCCGGCAAGGCUAUCAAGGAUGUAACGGCGCUUUGCGUCUGCCCGGCGUGUGGUGGGAUGAAGCGUAUGCAUUAUGUCUGCCCUACCUGCGCAUCAAGACUCAGGGGGUUUCUGCACCAGGAGGCCAAGGCCAAGGAGGAGGCUCAAGCCGAGGAAGAGGUCAAGGCUAAGACCAAAUAA